AUGGCUACAGCCAGCAGCCUCCUAUCUGAAGAUCAGUUUCUGUGUCCCAUCUGUCUGGAUGUGUUCACUGAUCCAGUCACCAUAUCAUGUGGACACAACUUCUGCAAGAACUGCAUCACUGAACACUGGGGUAGCAACGUCCGCAACCAAUGUCCAGUGUGUAAAAAAGAUUUUUGCAGUCGGCCUGAGUUACAUAUCAACACCUUUAUAUCAGAGAUGGCUGUUCAGUUCAAAAAUUCAUAUCAAUGUAAAGCCAGUGGCAGCUCAGAGCAACAAGGAGAGGUUCUGUGUGACGUCUGCACUGAGACCAAACUGAAGGCUCUCAAGUCCUGUCUGAUGUGUCUGACCUCCUACUGUGAGACUCACCUGGAGCCUCAUCACAGAAUCACAGGCCUGAAAAGACACAAGCUGAUCGAUCCGGUGGAGAACCUGGAGGACAGGAUGUGUAAGAAGCAUGACAGACCUCUGGAGCUGUUCUGUAAGACUGACCAGACGUGUGUUUGUUGGACCUGUGCUGAGACAGAUCACAAAAGUCAUCACACAGUUAGUCUGGAAGAAGAAUGCAAAGCAACGAAGGCUGAACUGGCGACAAAAGUUAAAGUUCAGCAGAUGAUCCCGGAGAGACGACUGAAGGUUGAGCAGAUCAAAGAGUCGGUGAAGCUGAGUAAGGAAGAUGCAGACAGAGAGACAGCAGCCGGUGUGCAGGUGUUCACUGCUCUGGUCCAGUCUGUAGAAAGAGGUCUGGCUCAGCUCAUUGACACCAUUGAAGAGAAGCAGAAAGCAACAGAGAGACAGGCUGAAGGCUUCAUCAAAGAGCUGGAAGAGGAAAUCUCUGAGCUGAUGAAGAGAAGCUCUGACGUGGAGCAGCUCUUGGACACUGAAGACCACCUCCGCUUCCUCCAGAGCUACUCUUUACUGACCGCACUGACCAAGGAUUGGACCAAGGUCAAAGUCCACUCAUCAUGUGACGGGAUUUUGUGGAGAGCUGUGGCUCAGCUGGAGGAGAAGCUCCGCAAAGAGAUGAAGAGGAUGUGUGCUGAUGCUGAACUGAAGCGGGUGCGGCGGUAUGCAGUGGAUGUGACUCUGGAUGACGAUACUGCGAAUCCUUACCUCACCAUUUCCGGUGGUGGGAAAACAGUAACCUGCGGUGACGUCAAGAGGAUUCUCCCAGACCAGCCAAAGAGAUUUUCCACUUGUGCAGUCUUAGGAAAGCAGGGUUUCUCUUCAGGGAGAUUUUACUAUGAGGUCCAGGUUGGAGGUAAAACCAAAUGGGAUUUAGGAGUGGUCAGAGAGUCUGUCAACAGAAAGGCUGAAAACACAGUGUGCCCCGAUAACGGAUACUGGGCGAUAUGGUUAAGGAACGGAGAUGAUUACAGAGCUCUCGCUGGUCCCUCUGUCUGCCUGUCUCUGAAGUCGCAGCCUCGGAAGGUGGGGGUGUUCGUGGACUACAACGAAGGUCUGGUGUUCUUUUACGAUGUAGAUGCUGCAUCUCUCAUCUUCUCCUUCACUGGCUGUAACUUCACUGAGAGACUCUACCCGUACUUCAGUCCAUGUCCCAAUGAUGGUGGGAAAAAUGCCACCCCGCUGAUCAUCUCUCCCAUGAAUCACACACAUUAGCUUUGAAAUUACUUGGAACUCACUCUUUCUUCAUCUCAUACAUGCACACAAUGACAAACUCUACUACCCAGGGCAGAAAGCUUAUUUAGCCACUUUAGCCUCAUCCAGUAAACAGAGGAAGUCCCUUGAUUGUAGUGGAGAGCUGUAAACUCAAUUAACCCUCUACCUUUCACCAGUUCAUUAUUCCACCCCAAUACUUCACCCAAUCUCCUUUUUAGACUUUGCUGUUGUGUUUCGCUCUGUCUUCAUUCUUUGUCCCUAUUCCAAACCGUGCAUAGGAGCUAGGGAGGCAAAGGUAGAGAGGGGUCAGGGUGGGGAUUGAUAUCAAAUGUUUGGUUGUUAUCCGAGAUGGACAGGAAGGACUGUUUUGCUCUAUCAGCCUUUGUCACCGCCCUUGGCUGAGGAAAUGAGAGCAAGGGCAGGUGGCCUGGCCGGUGGAAUCAAGCAACUGUGCGGAUAAAUUGCUAUCAGGUAUGAUUCCUGCUAAUUCUUUAAGUCUUAAGGCAAUGUUUUGUACAUACUAUAUUACAUCAUAGAUAUAUAUUAUAUCAUAGAUCAUAGAUUAUGUCUUUGCCAGUAGUUGGUCUUCUCUUUUUAAGAUUUGUGGCAACAUGUGAUGGAUGUUGGAUCCGUACAAUGAACUUCAAUAACCACCUCUAAUGACUUUCUUAGAAAGAUUUGUCGAAAAAAGAGAGAGAAAGCUGAUUGGUGGCAAAGGGAUGAUUGUGCAUUAAUAAAAAGCAUAAAUAAGACAGCCAGUAACCUUAUGGCCAAUACAGUUCAGCUCUCUCCUCAUGCCUCGUCUGUAUCAGUGGAUAUGUGGGUCAAAUUCAUGAAACAAGCCAAUAAAAUGAAAAUAAAAAGUAACUAAGCGUCCAUUUUAUUUUAUAAUCAUGUUAACGAUUGUCCUGAUCUGUAAAUUGUAAGUAAAACAUCUUUUCUCACAAAGGCCUGUCGUACCUCGCUGCUGCAGUGGAGUCACAGUUGUUAACCUCUGCAUGCUAGAAUAGCUGGGGAUUAGUGGGGGUGGGGGUUCAGUAAUUUUAAAACAAUUUAUGCGGAGCUGGAGGAAGGCUCUACGGCCCCAUCUAAUGGUGGAUGAGAUAUUUUACUCUGAACCAACUGUUUUCUAAGAAGGAAACAUCUGGAAAAUAAUCACUUAUGGCAAAUGAAACAUCUAUCUAUCUAUCUAUCUAUCUAUCUAUCUAUCUAUCUAUCUAUCUAUCUAUCUAUCUAUCUAUCUAUCUAUCUUCCUCAUAGCUCUGAUGUCAUCAGUAUUAAUGUACAAUGUAGAAAAUGAUAAAAUCUUUUAUAUUUGUUAGAGCCAAGUAAACAAUGCUGAAACAAUUGUCUCCAUGUCGUUCACAACAGGUUUGAAUUGAUCCUCUUCUACUGGAUCUAAUUUCCUCCAUUUAGACAUUGUCCUUUAUUCCCAUAUAUUGUAUUUUUGUUAAAUGGUCCCUGUCCAUGAUUUGAUCUAGUACAGCAUGCAUAAUAAGUGACACAUCCAGCUGCUGGAUGAGAAUGCGUCUUCACACUAAGUGCAAACAAAAAGAGCCCAGCACGUUAUUUGUUUUUAUUCUGUGUUAUGUUCCAGGAAGUUACAGUUGCCAAGGAGAUAACAGUAUGUACUCAGGUACUUGGAAAUGAAAGGGGUUUGUGAAUGGAAAAGGUGGGCAGAGUUGACAUUGACAGUGUGCACAAGUUGAGGACAUUUGAUUGUGUGUGGUGUCAAAUUGUGUGAAUUUAAAAUCAUUUUUCAAAAAAAACAAAACAAAAAAAAGAACGUUGACCUAUAGCUACGAGCAAAGAAAAAAAAAUAGAAACAUCAACCCACAUACAAAAGAGGAAUAAAUAAAAUGUAUUAUUUUACAGACACAGCAACAACAACAGACAGCAGAGACGUGUGUUUCCCUCUGAAUUUGGUGUGUGAGAGAGCGAGAGAGGGAAAGAGACGAGGGCGACGAAGGAGAGGAGAGGUCUCUCUCGCUCCCCCUCUCUUUCUCUUGUGGCAGGAAUCAGCAUCCGGAAACCUACGGCUGCGUUACUAUGGCGACACUUCGGGAGGGGAGGCAGGAGCCGGGUGCGGGUGGUGACCUGUGGAGCUGGAGUCGGACUCAUUUUGCUUCGUAUGGCACGUCCGCUCUGAGACACUACACCGACUACAGCUGCAGCCAGAGUCCCAAGUCCAGGUCCAAGACCCACCACCGGACCGUUCCCUUCAGCAUCACCUCAGCCCAACACUCUGACUCCGCCUCUGUCUGUAUGCUCCACACCCUACUGACCUCCCAUCCCCUCCCCCAAACUCCCUCUCCUCCCCAUCUACCCCCUUCCCUGUCCAACUCUAGAAGGCACUGGUAUAUACUUAUUUCUUCACAUUCUAACACUGGAUUCUCUAUUUAAAAUGAGCGAUUGAGGCAAUGAGGAUGCACACGUACCAGGCCAGCCGGGUAACUCGCCGCGGGUGGCACCACUGGCUCCCGCCAAUGCCACCAGCCUUUCCUUAUACCUGCGUUGGCCUUUCAGAGCUUUCAUCGCUUAACAGUCUGCUGACGGCGGAGGCAAUAGGAUAUGUAAACGUCGACAAGGCUAACAUCAUGACAGGCGAAGAGAUACACAAAAUCGAUGCUCAGAUAGGGCGCGUAAGUGGUCUGGAGCUUUCCGAAUGGCCUGAAUUAGUCGCAUCAUUAUUCUGAGUCAGGAGGACAUCUUGUUAAAGAGUCGGUUCUGAUACACUGCCUUCAUCUUUGGUUAAAAACAACCCCCAGACUAAUCCUUCCAAGCCGGCCACGAUCACAGUCCUUAUGGUCUGUUUCUAAAUCUGGAGGUAUGCAGAGGGGAGAUCAGAUUAGCUUUUUUUUUUUUUUUUUCGGGGCGGCUUCUCCUAUGAUUGUAUUUGUACUUGCACUUCUCCGCGGAGCUCUGUGGAAAUCUCUCCACGUAUCUUCGGAGAAGGUGAUAUAAUCUGAGCUCGCGCUGCCAAACUACUUGAGAGAAAACUUCGACGUGACCAAAGGUGAAGGCGGCAGAUUGGAACCGCGACGUACGCCAAACAAAACGUCAAGAAAACCAAACGAAAAUCGAUAUUUUCCGCUCCGUGCGGCAACACGCCGAGGCCGUUCGGGAUGGGAAUCUGAUCGAGUGCCCCACUAAUGCCCAUGUCCGUGUGUGGCUACAGAGGACAGAAAGACACACAAGGUUGACGAGAGUGGUUUGUGCACAGAGCAGAGGGUCUGCGUUGCGAACCUUGGUGUGGACGCGGCAUGUGCUACUCGCGAGCGAGGAACCGUUGCCCCUUCCCCCUCCCUCCCCUCCCCCCACAUCGGGUAUUUACACAGUGAACGGGACUUCUACUCUACACACUGAGUUUGGCUGGUACUUGCGUACAUUUGGAAUGGUUCACUAUGGAGACAGAAAACGUCCAGGAGUCUAUUUCCUCCUCUCACUAGUAGAUUCACUAAAGUGUCUAUUCUAGUAUUCCUGGUUAACAUGUGAGGCUCAAAAGCACUGGAAGAGAUGACGGAUGCUCUAAAACCAACGUUGCUAAGAGGAGUGUUUGGUCUGGAGUCUGCGUUUACAUGUUUGGACUCCUUUCUGCUCACCAGCUAGUAUAUAAACCUUUAGUUUUUCUUUAUACUUCAACUUGGGGAAAAACGCACAUUUGCUUUCUUCCUAUGUAUUAGAUGAGAAGAUACAAACACCUCAAAGCUGUUACGCUCUAAAAUGUGUAUUCGCGCUGCUUUUUCGUGCACAUUAUAAAUAUGAUUAGUGAGCUUUCACAGUGCUGGUGUGCAGAUGUUGUUGCCAUUGGACAGAGCCAGGCUAACUCACCGUUUUCCCUAAUCUUCUCAUCUAAUAACGCUUGGCAAAAAGCAGAUGAAGUUGUAUCCUAGUCCUUUAAGGUUCAUUUUGGUACAUCACCUAGCUUUUCUGAAUCCACGACUAACCGCUCUAAAACCAACGUCUCAAGAUUAGUUCUAGACAUUCCUUUACCUGAAAUGUAGGGCAGUGGUCACUGUGGUUCAUGACAAAAUUGACUACUUUUGUCUCUCUGUUGACGAGAGCACCCACGUAAGUGCAAAACCGAUGACUGUAUAAAGAACAUUUCCAGUGCAUUUGUGCCUUAAAAACAAAAUACUGUACAUAGGGCUAAAGUCCUAAUCACACUCCUGUCUGUACAUGCUACCUACAGUAUACAAUGACAUUGCGUCAGACCUUUUUUUUUUUGUAACACUGAAUUUGUAUGCAAAAGGUGUAGUUUUAUUAUACAACGGAAAUUAUAGCUUCUAUUCCUUUGACAAUGUCAUUUGCGUCGUCUGUCCUCGUCGUCCAUUUCCGCGCGUGGAAUCCCGAAAGCAUCUGAUAAUAAAAAAAUAAAAGUCACGUAGAUUGGACCACUUUGUUUUUCUCUCCCUUAUCGUCGUUUUUUUUUUUUCUUUGUU